CAUUCUCCUCCUCUUCUCAACUGUCUUCUCCGUGUUCAACUCGCGUGCCAUUCCAGUCAGACCAAGAAGAAGGAAAAUCCAGAGAGAGAAAAAACCCAGAAACAAAAAAAAAUCAAUUACCGUUUUUCCACCAUUUCUUUUUUUCUUCUUUCUGGGUUUCACUUUUUCUCCUCAGAUCCUCUUCCAUUCUUCACAAAAUUCAUUUUUUUCUUCCUGGGUGUGUGUUUUUCUCAUAAAAUAUUCAGUUUUUAAUAGUUGGAAAGUGAAAAAAUUAUUGAUUCUUAUCUGGGUUGGUUUUUGAUGCCCCAAUGAUGUUGACAUUAACAUUAAGAGUGUUUUUUUGAAAGUAUUAUGGAAACUGGUCGUUACAUGGUUUCUUCAACAACAUCAUUAUCAACAACAACAUCUUCUUCUUCAUCAUCAUCAUCAUCAACAAUCUAUAAUUACAAGAAAAACAUGUCACUUUACAUUGGUCGUGAGGCUUCCAAGCUAUGGAAGAGAGUUUGUGCAGAAACAACCACAGAAAUCAACCUUCUUGUGGAGAAUUGGAAGUAUCUUCUUGCUGGUUUAGUUUUUCAGUAUAUUCAUGGUUUGGCUGCACGAGGAGUUCAUUAUUUACAUAGGCCUGGCCCUACAUUACAGGAUCUUGGAUUCAUGCUUCUUCCGGAGCUUGGCCAAGAAAGAGCUUACAUUAGUGAAUCUUUGUUUACAGUUAUCUUUUUAUCAUUUUUCCUUUGGACUUUUCAUCCUUUCAUAUUCAAGACCAAAAAGAUCUACACAGUUCUAAUAUGGUGCAGGGUUCUAGCUUUCUUAGUUGCUUCUCAAGCUCUUCGAAUAGUGACAUUUUAUUCAACGCAGCUUCCCGGUCCAAACUACCAUUGCCGCGAGGGAUCUCCGCUUGCGACACUGCCUCAUCCGAAAAGUGUGGCUGAAGUCCUCUUGAUUAAUUUUCCUCACGGCGUGAUAUAUGGAUGUGGCGAUUUGAUAUUUUCAUCACACAUGAUUUUUACUCUAGUCUUUGUUAACACAUACCAGAGAUAUGGCACAAAGAGGUGCAUAAAGCAGCUAGGAUGGGCUCUUACUGUCAUUCAGAGUUUUCUGAUAGUAGCAUCUCGCAAACAUUACACAGUUGACGUAGUUGUUGCUUGGUAUACUGUUAACUUGGUGGUAUUUUUUGUUGAGAAGAAAUUACAAGAAAUGCCAGACAGGACAGCUGCAACACUGUUGAUACCAUUAAGCACCAAAGACAACAAAGAUGGCAGAAACAAAGAAGAGAACCACAAGCUGUUAAAUGGCAAUACCGUUGAUCCUUCAGAUUGGAGACAGAGAACUCAAGCAAAUGGAAAGAUUCUGGAAGAUGGCCAUGCACACCAUGCUGACUCUGCUAAGAAUGGUGCAUAGAAAAAAGAGCUUUUUCUACAAAUUGGAUUGGAUCUUCUGCUGCAACAUUGUGUCCUUGAGAAGCUGCAACCUUCAAUUAGUUGAAUUUUUUAACUUGGAAAUAUUAGUAGCCUGAUUGAUCUAUUUAAGCACAUUGUAACUGGGUUGUGUGCUUCUUCUUUUAACAAUAUUGUAGCUUUGGUUGGUCCAUUGUCAUUGUUUCAUUGUUUAGCUUCAGCAGGUGCUGUAGAAAAUUUUCCAAUUCAUAUUGCAUCAAAAGUUUCAAUGUGUAUAGUCUUUUUGGUUACUAUUUUUUUGGUGUUUUUAUCUCUA